CUGAAGAAAAUUUGCUUUGUGACUCAUUCAUUUGAGCGCCGAAUUGGCAAUGAAAUAGAAGCGAGCCCGAAUCCCGGCCAAGAUCACCCUGUCAGGAGAAAAGAAAGAAAAGAAAAGUAUACAGCCGUUGGAAUAUCAGCUGCUGGCCAAUUGUGCGAUUCAGUGAGUCACAAAACCCUGUUUCAUCUCAUCAGCACGUUGAACGCCAGUUUCCCCGAUUACGAUUUCACGUCCGCGAAGGGCGAAAAUUUUAGUAGAGUUCCCUCCGUUGUUGUACGUAUAAAUGCGAUCAACAUGCAACUGUCUGCUGCGGUGCCUUCUUUCGCACAUAUGAAACCCGAGCUCUGGAGUGCGAUCGAUGAAAAGAUAGAUCUUAAAAACUGUUGUGUUUACAAUUCUGAUCCAUACUGUGAAGAUGGAUGUAUAUGGUCGUUCAAUUACUUCUUUUACAACCGAAAGCUGAAGCGUGUUCUCUUUUUCUCUUGCAGGGCAUUCAAGUAA